UAUUAGCAUUAUUGUAAUCAUUUUUAUGCGUUCACUUGUGAAGAUUUCCAAUUUAUUUUUACAAAAAAACUUUUAAUAAUUAGAGAAUAUAAUAAAAAUGUUUAGUAGAAAAUGUACAAGUAAAUGUAGAUUGGAUGGUAAAGUCGCUAUUGUUACAGGUUCAAGUCGAGGAGUUGGUAAAGCAACAGCAAAAGAGCUUUACAGAAUUGGUGCAAAAGUCAUAAUGGCAUGUCGUGAUGUAAAAAAAGCUGACCAAGCUUUGUUGGAUAUAAAAACAGAAGUACAAGGAGAAGGUUUGGGGACUUUAAUUGUCGAAAAGCUUGAUUUGUCAUCAUUUUCUUCUAUAAAAAGAUGCGCUAAAAGAAUUCUAGAAAGAGAAAAUCAAAUUCACUUACUAAUCAAUAAUGCCGGAUUAAUGAUGUCUAAAAAAAUUUUAACUGAAGAUGGUUUUGAAACACAAUUUGCAGUAAAUUAUUUAGGACAUUUCUUAUUUACCUGUCUUUUGUUGCCAAGAAUAAUUUACUCAUCGCCUGCUCGAAUCAUCAAUGUGUCAUCAAUGAGUCAUACUUUUUUUAAAAAUUAUGAUUUUGAUGACAUUAACUAUGAUCUAAAAGAUUACUAUCCAAUGGAAGCCUACUGUCAAAACAAACUUGCUAAUAUACUUUUUACGAAAGAAUUAGCAACCAGACUUGCAGGUACAAGGGUAAAUUUGUAUUGUUUGCACCCAGGAAAUAUUAAAACCGAAAUUCAUGAUGGUUUUGAGAAUAUUAUUUAUCAUAACCACUUUUAUCUUUGGAUAUUUUUAGUUUCUUUAUCUUUUAUCAUAUAUUUAUUUUUGAAAACUCCUCAUCAAGGAGCUCAGACUACAAUUCAUUGUGCUAUAGAUGAAAAAGCUGGCACAGAAACAGGACUGUACUACAGUAACUGUCAAGUUAAAGAACCAUCUUCUAUGGCAAAAGAUAUUAUUCUAGCAAAGAAACUGUGGAAAAAGAGUCUAAACAUGGUCGGGCUGACAAAUUUUGACAUGUUUAAAUCCAGUGAUACAAUUCCAACUGUAUUAUUAGAUUUUUAAUUUAAUUUAAUGUGCCUAUUAUGACUUAUAAUAUAAUUGAAUGGCAGAAUAA